GCAUGUAAAGCGGAAGUUCCGUGCGGUUGCAGGACCCCUGCGUGCAUGCUGAAAUGUUGACAUUGCGUUGCACUUAACUUGAAACGUUAUAUCUAAAUGGAUAUUUAAAUGCGUUUAUUUUUCCUGCGAUUUCUAACUUUGUUCUCAAAUUAGUCAUUUCGCAUGAGCAAUGACGGAAGUAAAAGUGAAAAAAGAGUCAACGGAUCCUGUAGAUAUCGAGAACAGGAUUAAAGAGCUUUGUCAGCAGUUUCCACAUGGGAUCACAGACCAGGUCAUUCAGAAUGACAUGCCACAUGUGGAGGCUCAGCAGAGAGCCAUGGCCAUCAACAGACUGCUGUCCGUGGGGCAGUUAGACUUGCUUAAAAGCAGCAAUGGCCUGUUAUACAGACUCAAAGAUACACAAUCUACCAGUAAAGUAAAAGGCUCUGACAAUCAAGAAAAACUAGUUUAUCAGAUCAUAGAGGAUGCUGGAAAUAAAGGAAUUUGGAGCAGAGACAUAAGAUAUAAGAGUAACCUCCCACUGACAGAAAUCAACAAGAUCCUCAAGAACCUUGAGAGUAAGAAACUCAUCAAAGCUGUGAAAUCUGUUGCGGCCUCUAAAAAGAAGGUUUACAUGCUGUAUAACCUGCAGCCCGACCGCUCCGUGACAGGAGGGGCUUGGUACAGCGAUCAGGAUUUUGAGUCUGAGUUUGUGGAGGUGCUGAACCAGCAGUGCUUUAAGUUCCUGCAGAGUAAGGCAGAAGCAGCGAGAGACAGUAAGCAGAGCCCCAUGGUGCAGAGGAACAGUUCAUUUGCUACAUCUCAUGAAGUUUGGAAGUACAUCUGUGAGCUCGGCAUCAGCAAAGUGGAUCUGUCAAUGGAGGACAUCGAGACCAUCUUAAACACACUGAUCUUUGAUGGGAAGGUGGAGAUGACUAUAAUCGCUGCUAAGGAGGGGACGGUGGGAUGUGUCGACGGACAGAUGAAGCUCUACAGGGGUGUGAACCCCAUCAUCCAACCCACCGGGCUGGUCAAAACUCCAUGCGGACUGUGUCCGGUGUUUGAUGACUGCCACGAAGGAGGAGAGAUCUCUCCAUCUAACUGUGUUUACAUGACUGAGUGGCUGGACUUCUGACCAGCUAACCGGGUCUCUCUCAUUUUUCUCUGUGGAGAAAGUAUCGUUUUAAUGCAGCGAUUCGAUGCAACUGUGGAUUUUGUUUUAUUUAUAUUGAACAGUUAUAGCUUUAACGAAACAAGCAGCAUCCUUUUGGUAUUCACUGAUGUAUUUUUUUUAGGUUAUUCUUAUUGCAUCUAACACACACAUUAUCUUGUCUGACCUUUACAUCGAUCCAUAAAAAUAAAUAAAUCAUUUUUGUUGA